CCGGGUGCGAGGGCCGGUGCCUCGGCUCGUCCGGCGGGGAGGCGGUGACAGCAGCGGGCCAUCCCCCCGGGGGACGGAUUGCGCCGAUACCUCUGCGGCAGCAGGUUAGCAAUGGUCCGGAGUGGAAAAAAUGGUGGGCUCCACCUGAAACAGAUUGCAUACUACAAACGAACAGGGGAGUAUCAUCCUACAACAUUAUCAAGUGAAAGAAGUGGGAUCAGAAGAGCAGCCAAAAAAUUUGUUUUCAAAGAAAAUAAAUUGUUCUAUGUUGGAAAAGACAGAAAACAAAUGCGCUUGGUAAUUGUUUCAGAUGAAGAGAAGAAAAAGGUGCUUGAGAAAUGCCAUGAAAAUGCUGCAGGCACUCACCACGGCAUAUCAAGGACACUGACUUUAGUGGAAUCUAAUUACUACUGGACCUCAGUAACAAAUGAUGUCAAACAGUGGGUGUAUGCUUGCCAGCAUUGCCAAGUGGCAAAGAAUACAACCAUCACAACACCCAAGUCACACCCUAUCAAAGCGGAGGACCCCUGGGCAGCAGUUACUAUAGACCUAAUAGGACCUUUCAAUGCAACCAACAGAAGCCACAGGUACAUCAUUAUUAUGACAGAUUUGUUCACAAAAUGGACUGUUAUCCUGCCACUGUGUGAUACUUCAGCAGCUGAAAUUGCUAAGGCAAUCAUAAGUGUGUUUUUCUUAUAUGGACCACCUCAAAAAAUGCCUAUUGAUCAAGGGAAAGAGCUUGUUCAUCAGAUAAACAAAGAACUGUUUGCACACUUUGGAAUGAAACAAAUAGUAUUGUCUUAUCCUCACACAGAUGAUGUAAAUGAAAGAACAGGCAAGACAAUCAAAGUUUUCCUAAACAAAUACUGCACAGAGCAUCCAAAUGAUUGGGAUGAACAUUUAUCUGCUAUUGCCUAUGCUUUUAAUUUGACUAAUGCGGAGCCAGAUCAAAGCACCCCAUAUUUCCAGAUGUUUAAUCGUAACCCAUAUGUGGUUGAGUCAACAAAAGUGUGUGUGGAAGGGGAAGACAGUAUGUUUGCCAAAAUAUUUGAAGCAACUAAAAAAGCCAGUCAAGCACUGGAGGAAGAGAAAACUGCAGACUGUCAGAUGGUGAAAAUCACUUCAGAUGAACAGAAAAUCAGAAACAAGAUUACUGUCAAAAGGAAGCCAAAACAGUUAAAUCCCCUUCGCCUUAAAGUUGGGCAUGAAGUCCUCAGACAAAGAAAAAACUGGUGGAAGGAUGGUCGUUUCCAGUCAGAAUGGGUUGGACCUUGUAUUAUAGAUUAUAUCACGGAUAAUGGCUGUGCAAUAUUAAGAGAUGCCACAGGAUCCAGGUUGAAAAGACCCAUAAAAAUGUCUCACCUUAAGCCGUACAUAAGAGCAUCCAGUGAAAAAGACAACCAUUACUUCUUACAAGGUGCAAUAGUUGUUGACCACGACUAUAUUGGCUCUUCUGAAAGAUCAUAUAAUCCAUGCCAGAAAGACCCCAUUAUUGAAGGGGAAAUAAGUGACUAUGCAAGAGGCGGCACGUCUGCUGUGCAAAUACCACCUUCAGCCAGCAAAGACCAAGAAUCAACGGAGUGUAAACAUCAGUCUGAGCUGACGAAAGAUCAUAGCAUUGAAUCAAACAACGCAAAUCAAGACCAGUGGCCUUCACCUUGCUGGACACUUCAGACCAAGAUAGAGGAUACUUAGGCAAAUAAUUGCACAUCAUUUCAGGGCAAACAGCUUUGAAUUUUUGUGGCAAACUGAAGCAGUUUUAACAGCUCCAAGUUCCUCGGACAAAUUCACUUCACUACUGUGUGUAUUUAAGAAUACUGCAGAUGUCCAGUAGUUAGUUGAUAUGGGCAUUAAGAAGCAAUCACUGUGUUUUAAGAAAUAUGGUUACAGCCUAGAAAAAGCAUGUUACUACCAGGCAGUUGAAUUACAGUAUGUUUGCAGAACAGCAUUGUGACUCAACCUCACUGUUUAUUGUCUCAGGACGCAUCAGACCAUUUCAUUCUGAUGACCUUUUCAUUAAUCCUCAGAUGACUCAUUCCUAACAUGCACAGAUAUUGUGGGAUGAAUGUAAUCUAAGCAAUUUAACACAGAUUUUGCCUCCAGUCUAGAAAGGUAAAGAAGCUCAUGUCCUCCUUUCUUUUGUUAUAAAACUGUUACCUGUUCUUUCUGAGAAGCUACAAACUCUGACCUUUACAGCUUUCAUUCUCUAGUUUAGCCCACAGCCUCAAGAUCUCACAGAACAGUAAAGCUGUCAAAAUCAAGUACAGGUAGUGUUCUGCAUAUGAAACAGCAAGGCCUGCAGCAGCUCCCUGCUCAUCAAAACUCUACUAGGGAAAGCAAUUUUUGUGUCUCAAGCAAGUCAAAAUCUUAAGGGUGCUCUGCAUUUACUUGUGCUCUCUUCAUAAGUCUGUUUUCCCUUAUUGUUAUUUCUCAAAGCUACAACAGAGUUGGAGGAUAAUUAUUCUUCUCCCACUGACUGUGCUGUAGGAAGGGUGAAGGGCUGAUGUUACUUAGUCAAGGAAUUCAGAGAAUAAGUUACUAUUGGCCUGGCCCUGCUGUUAAGAGGACUGCAUCUCAAAGUAAGAGCAAAAUUUAUCUACUGUUAAAGUCAAUUGAACAGUAAUUGAUGAGAGCAAGAAUUUUCAGUUAAUCUUAAAAAGACUUAGUCCUCAAGGCUGUUUAGAUAUCAAGUGUGUAUAGAAAUUCAUACAUGUGUUAUGGUUUGGCCUAUCAUAGGCCAAGCCUGUGUAAGAAAAGAGCUCAGUAUUACCAUUCUAUUCGCGGAUCCCAUCCUAAAAUGCCUUUGAAAAAAGUACUUAAGAAAGUAUGUUGUGUCUGCCAAAAGUCUAGUCCUACAUAUGCAUUUUUUUCUCCACUGAGACAGUGUUUCAGAAAGAAUGCACCUAGCAAAGAUGGUUGGAUAGUCUCCUAACUGGUUCCUGCUAUAUGUCAACACAAAGAUGAACAAGGUUUGUGUUAUUCAUUGACAAAUAUGCUCAAGCUUAAAAGCCCAUCUUUAUACAAAAUGCUUUUGCCCACCCAGGCUAUAGUCUCCUCUGAGGCAAGUAGUCUUUAUAAUGAUUCUUCUAAUGCAGUUGAGCAAGUAAGUGGGCUUGGUGAAAUACAUUUUUCUUGCUUAGAGAAAAAAAAAAGACAAUUUUUGCCAACAAAUUCCAUCAAACAACAUUCUGUUAAACUAUAUUUAAAACGAAAAAGACAAAUAAUGUAUGCUUAUAAGUAGGAAAUAGCUGGUAAUUGUGAACAAUGGUCUUACCUUGAUUUUCUUCUGUAGUGAGCUGUGUGAUCAGAUAAUACUUUUCUCCAGGAAUACUGAUUUAAAGAUCUUCCAUUUGGGAGCUGUGGCAAGAGCCACAAGCUCAGGAGGUACAUGGCAUGGUAGUGACAGGGCGUGGUAAUGACCUGGCAGGUAAUCUUACUACUCUAAUCCUUCUUAGCAGACGUGCUGAUUCUUUGAGCCAAACCUCCUGCUCCCUAUAAACCUUUAACUCUUUCAUUGGGAUUGCUACCCAGGUGACAUCUUCUGAUAGGCUGGACU